GAUAAUUCAAAAAAAUAUUUGUUUUUUCUACGCUUGCUCCAUCUCCACCACCACCACUCACCUCUCAUGAAAUCCAACUAAUCUUCCAAACCGUCCCGUCUCUUCCUUCCCAUGGCCAAAACCCUAAUUUCAUCUCCGUCGUUCAUCGGCGUACCUCUCCGUUCACCGUCGCUUUCUCGCCAUGGGAUCCUCUCACUUCCUAAUAACCAGAGAUUCAUUUCCACUAAAGUUCAGUUCAGUUUGCAUGAAAUAAUUCCUCCUCCGUCUUCUUCUUCCGUUGAUUUCAAUUCUCUCAUUACUAAAGCUGAAAGCCUUCUCUAUACUCUCGCCGAUGCUGCUGUCGCCGUUGAUUCCGCUUCUACUGCUACUAGUACGACUGAUACAGUUGUGCAGAAAAAUAGCGGUUGGUUUGGGUUUAUCUCUGAAGGCAUGGAAUUCGUGCUCAAGGUGUUGAAGGAUGGAAUAUCAGCUGUUCAUGUGCCUUACUCCUAUGGUUUUGCUAUUAUAUUACUCACUAUUCUUGUCAAAAUUGCUACCUUGCCCUUGACAAAGCAACAAGUGGAAUCGACAUUGGCUAUGCAAAACCUUCAACCAAAGUUAAAAGCAAUUCAACAAAGAUAUGCAGGCAAUCAGGAGAGAAUACAACUCGAGACAUCACGUUUGUAUAAACAGGCUGGGGUUAAUCCAUUAGCAGGUUGUUUGCCAACUCUGGCUACAAUACCAGUAUGGAUUGGACUAUAUCAAGCUCUUUCAAAUGUAGCGAAUGAGGGACUGUUGACAGAAGGAUUCUUUUGGAUUCCUUCUUUGGGUGGGCCUACUACAAUUGCAGCUCGACAAAGUGGGGCCGGAAUUUCUUGGCUCUUUCCAUUUGUGGAUGGCCAUCCACCAUUGGGCUGGCCUGACACUAUAGCUUACCUGGUUUUACCUGUACUCCUUGUUGCUUCUCAGUAUGUUUCAAUGGAGAUAAUGAAACCUCCCCAGACGGAUGAUCCAGCUCAGAAAAACACGCUUCUUAUUUUCAAGUUUCUUCCGCUCAUGAUUGGUUAUUUCUCCUUGUCUGUUCCAUCAGGAUUAUCCAUUUACUGGUUUGUCAACAACGUUCUCAGCACUGCUCAACAGGUCUGGUUACGAAAAUUAGGUGGUGCAAAGCCUCUAGUUAAUGAGAAUGCAAGUGGAAUCAUCACUGCAGGACGUGCAAAACGAUCAGGUGCACAGCCAGCCCGUGGCGGUGAUAGGUUCAGGCAGUUAAAGGAAGAAGAAAAGAGGAAAAAAAUGAGCAAGGCACUUCCAGGUGACGAGGCCCAGAAUUUUGAUUCUGAACCUGGUUCUGAUGAGGAAUCUGAUGAAGAGACCAAGGACAAGGAUGACGAAGUUCUAGAAGAAGCAUAUGCUUCAAGUUCAAGCAAACAGGUUCCAGAUAUUUCUCGCCCAAAGAGAAGCAAGCGAUCGAAGAGAAAGCGUGCUGUAUAAAAGACUUAUACCAAUCUGAUGAUUGUAGUUUUUGGUAAGUCCUGUAUAUCUCAACAAAAUGUAUUUUAGCUGAUAUAUAGUGCCAUUUUUACGUUGGCUGAUUCAAUUAAAGUUCAAUUAUAGUAAUUUUGCCUGAUUAUAAAGUAUUGACUCAGCAAGGUAAUGAAAGUUGCCUUGCCGUCGGUUCAUUUUCA